GUAACACAUGGAAAUGGACAUUAAACGACACCAAAUUCUGUUUUUUUUCAGACGAGGACAGCCUGUAACACUUUUUAUAAUUAAGAUAACUUCGCUUCUGUCAUAUUUUUUUGUUUUUGUUUAGCUUAUAAAAGUUGUGUUAAGUUCAUUAAGAUAAGUUAUUAUUUCUGUUGGUCAUCAGAACAAUGGCGGCUGGAGAUAAGAUGAAAGAACUAAACAUGUCAGCGGAUGAAAUGGACAGACUGAAAAAAGCUUUCAAAGACGAGAAAUUCAGGGACAUGCUGCAGGAUUACGCACAAGAGCUGUCAGACCCUGAGAAUAAGAGAAGAUAUGAAGAGGAGAUCAAACUUUUGGAGCAGGAGAGAGGAAACACUAUUGAAUUCAUCCACCCGGAACCAUUCAAGGCUCUCAGGACGAGUGUUAACGGCAAGCAGAAGUGUUUCAUCAAUAUCUGCUCCAGUGAAAAGGUUGGGAAGCCUGAGUGUAAAUGGGGGGAGUCUGAGGAAGGCCGCAGGGGACAGUGCUGGUCCCUGCCUCACAGUCUGCACCCAGGGAGACAGGACACAGAUCCAAAGGGGAACAAGAUCACCAUCUAUGACGUCAUUUUCCACCCUGACACUCUCCACAUUGCAGGCAAAAACAAGAGAUUCAUGGACAUGGUGGACAGCACUGCCACUCAGGGAAUCCAGGAUGCUUUUAAAGUGACUCUGGAUAAAAACAACAUGAGGCAGAUGCGUACAAAAUACAAAGGCAACCCACAGCCUUGUGUCAUCCGAAAACCAAUACCUGGAUAUAAAGCCAGGGAGCCCUCAGAGGAGUUGGACCCUCUUGCAUUCCCAUACCCAGAUGAAAAAAGACCUCCCAUGUCCCUGCAAACCAAGCCCACAGAGUCACCUGCAACUAAAAACAGCAGUGAUACACCUACACCUAAAAGCUCCAGCAUCCAGCCCCACACAGCCAAAGAACCUACCAAGCCAAACUACACGGUGAAGUAUCGAUCAUUUGUGGAUCUACAAGACUUCAGGUGUUCUAGAGACUCUGCCCAAAGCCCCAGGCCCAAGGAGAUAGUGGUUACCAUCGACCUGCCACUUCUGAAGGCGGCCACAGACGCCAGCCUGGAGGUGAAAGAGAAAUGGCUGCUGCUGGAGUCCAAGAAACCGGCCUACAGACUGGAGCUGCCCUUAGCCUACCCUGUGGAUGAAGAUAAAGGAGAGGCUAAGUUCAACAAGCAGAGAGGACAGCUCACAGUCACGCUGCCUGUUCUUCCUUCUAAUGACGCUUUUGAUUUUGCUGUAGGGCCUGCUCGGGCUGGUGUUAGGGAUGAUGGGAUACAGGAGGAGAAGAGUGAGGAGGAGGAGGAGCAAAGAGACGUUGAGGUGGAUUUGAGGCAGCAGACAGAGGUAGAGGAAAGUGAAGAAGAGGGCGCAAGUGGUCAGGAGAAAGGAGAGGAGAAGAUGGGGGAAGGCGUAGCAGAGGAAGAGCGAGUCGGUGAGAAUGAAACAUGGAUUAAGCAGAAGAGGGAAGGAGAAAACAAUGAAGACGAUAAAAGCGGUGUGGAGGAGGAGGAGGAGGAGGAGGAAACGUGGAAGAAGCAGAAAACAAAAGGCCAGGAGGGUGUGGAGGAGGACAGUGAAGUGGAGGUGGAGAAACUGAAAGAACAGGAGCAGGACAAUGAAAAAGAAGAUGGAAAUUGUAACCUGCAGAAAAGGCAGCAACAUUCAACAUUCAAGGAUUCUGGCGUAAAAAGUUUAAACUGUGAUACUAAUGAUAUUCCUGCUGAAGAAGAUGAUGAUAGCAGGCUUGUGUCUUCACCUGAAACAGAGAGACAGCCUGUUGUAAUCACAGCUGAACAUUCAAGCUUAGGAAUUGAGGGAGACUCUUGGUUGGAGUCAGCACCCAAAAUGAAGAGUGCAGACGUCAAAAAGGAGCAUGAGAAGACAAGAGAGAGUGCACAUGGAAAGGAGAAGGUAGAAACAGGUGCUGCAUUUCUACAACACAUAUCCAGUGAGGAAUCCCAAACUUCCGUAGCAGCCGACACUCACAGCCAGCACAUUAAGGACUGCUGCGUUCCCCAGGAGUCCAGCAAGAUGCCUGCACCAGUUGUAGAUAACAAGUCAAGCAGCUCUGAGGAGCUCGCCAUGGUCUCAGUGAAGCCGGAGGAGAGGGAGGACGUCGAUGAAGACGACCUGCCGAUGGAGCAAAUCUUCCACACUACAGAGCACGACAACAAGCCGCCUCUUGUGCUGUUGAGGGAAGUAGAUAAAGAUGGAAACGUACAGAUCAUCAGUGAUCACUCCACCUCAGCUGGGUUCACCUUCCAAAACUGCCUGAUGUAUGAGCUGGACUGAGGAUGGUGUGCUAGGAGUCAGAUGAGGCUGUGAAGAGGUUUUUAUGUCUUAGAGCAGAUUUGAAUGCAGCUUAUAUCAGUACGUGUAGUUAAUCUGCAGUGUGUCCAGCAAUAUUAAACCUGACCUUUCUCUUCAGUCACUCAAGUGCUGUACUUCAGUACAAUGACAUACGUGUACUUCACUAGACUAUUUCCAUUUUAUGAUACUUUAUACUCCACUGCAUUUCAGAGGGAAAUGUCGUACUCUUUACACUACUACAUUUGACACUUGUGGUUAUGUUUUACAUAAAAACAUGAUAUGGUUAUAUGAUGUAAUGCGGUACUAUUCUACCCUGUGGUACAAUCCAUCUAAAAAUGGCUCCACAUUGAUGAGCUAACAACAAUGUUGCAAUGUUCUUACAUGAAUUUGUUCAUGAUGAAAGCAGCAUAAUGUAAUAUUCUGUGACAUAACACUUUAAAAGGAGCCGUUCUUCAUAAUGAAUACUUUUACUUUUGAUAAUUUAAGUACACAUUGCUGAUUAUACUUGUGUACUUUGACUUAACCUUUUGAAACCUGGACCCUAUUUUCCAAUGUUUUUAUGUUGAAGUGACUAAUGG